CGCUAGCUUUGGCCGCGAUAACCAGCCCUGCCCCAAUUUCCUCGUCGGUUGUUCCAUCUUCUCUGUUUGCUACCCCUCUCACAUCGUUGGCUUCGACUGCGACAACUAGUCCCUCCCCUUGUAAAUGACCCUCAGGAGAUUCUCCUACUGCUUAAUCUCCCACAACUUCAACGACUCAACGCAAAAGCACCAAAAUCCUUCUAUAAACCACCUCCACUGGCGACACCAAAAGAGAAAACCUCACCUACACGUCUUUUCACCACAACUCCUCCUCCAACAACUCUGCUUAUAAAGAGUACUACUACAUUUCCCUCCGCAAGGUCGUCAUCGGAUCCAAGUCUUUUAAGAUUCUAGUGUCAAUAUGGGUUUUAGUCCUUGUUAUCAUAUUUCCAACAUCAAGAGCUAAGGACAUGGAGGCCCAAUCUAGGCCAGUGGGUCAAGUACACAUGUUCCAUCAUAGUCCGGGAUCCGGUUAACACCAAGUCCAUCAAACUUUGGUUUUCCUUCGCCGCUGCCGUUGGUUGUGCACAACACAAUCAAUUAACCAGUGAUUGUGAUUCGGAAUCAGAAUGUUGCGAAGAUGGAGCAGAGCAAUUACUCCAAUCUCCAAAUUCGGAUCGCAGAGCCAUUUGAAUUUCGCGAAGAACGGCACGCGCCAAACCUACGCCGGUGUUGCACCCGCGCCAACGAUAGAGGACAAGCCUCAACCCCCAGUGGUUAACCUAGACAAAAUGUUUUGGUCUAAGCCCUGUUCGCUUGCCCUGCCCCGUGACUCGCCCCUCAGAGUUGAAGAACCUGAUUAUCAGGGCAUCAAGCGUUUCAUGCUCAAACUCAUGAUGUUUUAUAGCAAGCAGAGCAAGUCAAUUCGAGGGGCUAAUGUUGUCUACCGAAGAAUCAUUUCACAAGUCGAUAAACCUCCUAUUUAUGAAGUGUUUAACUUGGAGAAAACAUUCAAAACAACAUUCUCUUUACUUGUACUUCAUAUGUGGUUAUGUUUGCGUCGCUUGAAGCAAGAGGGAAAAGAAGGUGUUGAAUUUGGGCAGUACCUUUAUGAGAUUUACAAUCAUGAUGUGGAGCUAAGAGUGUCUAAAGCUGGAGUUAACCUUCUACUGACUAAGUGGAUGAAAGAGCUUGAGAAAAUUUUUUAUGGGAACGUUGUUGCUUAUGAUACUGCUAUACUUCCUGAAGCUAAACCGGGUGAUUUCUCUAAUGUUAUAUGGAGGAAUAUAUUCUCUGAAGAUGGUUCUUCAGCACCAGAUGCUGCUGCAUUUCAAUCAGCGCAGGCAAUGGCCAGGUAUGCUCGCCGGGAAGUAAGUUGCAUGACUUUAACAGAUAAAGAAGCACUAUUUUCAGGGAAUUUCAUGUUCACCCCUAUGAAACAUGAGAACAGAAGCGGAAAGGGGCCUCAAUGAUAAAGUGAUGGUUUCUAAAUUUGCCAUUGAGUAAAUGGAAGAUACACGCUGUUCUUAAUUUAUUUAUUUUUUACAAAAAAAAAAUUGUUGAAUAAUUAUGACAAAAAGCUUGUGUCCUUAUCGGUAAGGCUUUAUACUUGAUUAGCUUGGAGUCUAGAAACUAGAAUUCUAUAUCCUUGCCCUGUAAACGAGAAAAGAGAAAAGGGCAGAUUGAUUGAAAGGUAUUGCUCUUCCUCUCUUUCCGUCAUCUGUUCCUCUUACUGCGCUUUAGCGGCUUCAGCUUCCAUGCAAUGUCUUACUGUUAUUAACCAAUUUCUUUUUUCA